AGCCAAACGUUCAAGAUGGACCAAGUUGUGGACCUGGCGCAGAGCAUAGUCACAGCACGCGAGCACUGCCUCGUUGGAGAGUAUGCGACGGGCGCACCCCUCUUUCGCGAAUGUGUGCGCAUGGCCAUGUACAUGCGCCGCGUGCAUCCGUCGCCAGAGAUGAGACCGCUCCUCGACGCAUUCGUUGCGAGCACCAAGCGCGAGUACGCGGUGUUUCAUCGGUACAUGACGACACUCGCGUUGCUGAAGCGCGUCGAAGCUCUUCCGACUAUCAACGCCCGACCAAGAGCGCUCGAAUCCCUAGCGUACACGUACUCGUCGCCACCGCCGUCGCCGGCUACCCUGUCUAGAAAACGGCGGCGGUCCAUCAUCGAGCUUACGACCGCCAAGCGUCUCAAGCUCAGCGAUGCAGGAAGCGACGACGACGCUAGCAGCACCGAGAUUGCACCUGCUCCAUGGACUUUUCGAUGCGAGCUCAUGUAG